AUACCAGAUAUAGCAGCACAUAGCUAAAGUUCCUCGGAGCCAUCGUAUAGCUUGGCAGAUACCUUGACAGAUCAUAUAAAGACCCUGCUUUGCUGCCCGUGUCCGAAAUGUACCUUAUCGAAUACAUACAUCGUUCGAUACAGAUUUCUGAAAUACUUCGUGAACGAUACCUACCACCAUGCCUACGCACCACCCCGGAACCGCGGUCGCUCACAGCAAAGGCGAAAUCGACCCCACCGACGUCCCCUGGGCACUCACAACACACUUACUCGCAAUCAACCACCAACAACUUCUCCGCGUCACAAGGCACCCCUUCCUAGAGCGCGCCGCCAAGGGCUCUCUGCCCAAGUCUUUGAUAGCACAGUGGCUAUCAAACGACAGGCAGUACAUUGAAGGCUACCUCUCCACACUCAGAAAUACUCUGAGUCUGGUUCAAAGUACCCACAAGUCGACAAUUGCUCCAGACGCUGAACCGGAUAUCGAAACACGCCUAAUUAGAUGGCUAGAGGCUGGCAUUCAAAACGGAGAGCGGGAGAUUCAGUUCUUCCAGGAAGUUGCUGAAAUUUACAAGAUUGAUUUUCAUCCCUGGCCAUUACAAGAAAACCUCAAGUCAGAAGGCCUUCGUCGCUACGAGGCCCUGUUCAACGCCGUUGCAUCUCAACAACCCAAUCCUUUCCUCCCCUGGCUAGAGGGCGCGAUCCUGCUGUGGUCAACUGAGAAGGUCUACUAUGAAGCCUGGUCUUGGGCUCGCCAUCAAGAUACCCAGUCAUCUCCUCGAGGGUACGAAAAUGACAUGGACGGCGGCGCCAUGCGAAGAGAGUUCAUCCCCAACUGGUCAAACCGCGACUUCAUGAUGUUUGUCGAGCAGCUUGAACGCAUCAUCAACGAAGGCGUGAGCAUCGCAGUAAAUCGCGAUGAUAGGAGGUGGGCAGAGGUAAAGAACAGGGCGGAUCCGAUAUGGAGGGCUCUGCUAGAUGCCGAGGAAGCUUUCUGGCCAAACGUGCCUAGCAAUGAGGGCAGUCUGAUUGAGCCCGGUGUCCAGCGAGGCGUAGACGGCAAGAUGGACGAGAACACCUUGCGCAGUACCGGCGACGACGAAAUCUUGAACCAGCAUCAGGGCGUCCGAGCAGGUGACAUUACCACUCUACACAGCAACCAGCACGGUGCACUAGCGACUUGAAGGGGCUUUUCUUUUCGUGCUAUCCUCGUUUUAGUGAAUAGGAGUUUAAUAUUGUUUCAAAUUCAUCAUUGUUUCGUUUA